AUGGCGGUGGCGGCGACGACGCUGCUGUCCGCCCUGGUUGCCAGGUUCUCUCAGUCGGCGGCCGCCAGGUCGUACGGGGUCUUCUGCAAAGGGCUGACUCGGACCCUCCUCAUCUUCUUCGACUUGGCUUGGAAGCUCCGCAUCAACUUCCCCUAUCUCUACAUCGUGGCCUCCAUGAUGCUCAACGUCAGGCUACAGGUGACCCUCGCCUUGUGAGGGACGGGGAGGGGGGUUGGGGAGGGAGCGUUUGAGGGGGGAGGGAAAGGUGCCCACCCCACCCUUCUCUCAUGGGUGAGGGUGCCGGCGUCUUCUGGCCGGUGGGUUGGGUGAGGGUGCUUCCCUAUAAAGUAAAAGCACAUUUAAAUUAAAAAGAAACCACGCGUGCGUUUUUAUGUAUCUUCCUCUUUUAGGGGAUAUACAAGGCGAGUCCUUUGAAAGAGGCCCCGUGGAUACAGAGUACAGUGGUACCUCCGGUUACAUACGCUUCAGGUUACAUACGCUUCAGGUUACAGACUCCACUAACCCAGAAAUAGUGCUUCAGGUUAAGAACUUUGCUUCAGGAUGAAAACAGAAAUCGGGCUCCGGCAGCGCAGCAGCAGUGGCAGUAGGAGGCCCCAUUAGCUAAAGUGGUGCUUCAGGUUAAGAACAGUUUCAGGUUAAGAACGCAGCUCCGGAACAAAUUAAGUACUUAACCCGAGGUACCACUGUACACAUGUUGCACGGGGGCUCUUUUAAAAUAAAAAGGUAAAGGGGCCCCUGACCAUUAGGUCCAGUCAUGACCGACUCUGGGGUUGCGGCGCUCAUCUCGCUUUAUUGGCCAAGGGAGCCAGCGUACAGCUUCUAGGUCAUGUGGCCAGCAUGACUAAGCCCCUUCUGGCGAACCAGAGCAGUGCACGGAAAUGCCGUUCACCUUCCUGCCGGAGCGGUACCUAUUUAUCUACUUGCACUUUGGCAUGCUUUCGAACUGCUAGGUUGGCAGGAGCAGGGACCGAGCAACGGGUGCUCACCCCGUCAUGGGGAUUUGAACCGCCGACCUUCGAUUGGCAAGUCCUAGGCUCUGUGGUUUAACCCACAGAGCCACUUGCAUCUUUUAAAAUACCCUAUAUAUCAGUGCCGGAUUUAUGUAUAAGCUGAACAAGCUAUAGCUUAGGGCCCCACUCUCUUGGGGGCCCAAAAAAAAUUAAAGAAAAAACUGGAUGUGCAUUUCCAAAAUAUAAGAUAAAAAACAAAUAAAAUAACACUUACAUACAACAACAGUGUUUUGUGUUGUGUAGGCUCCUAUUUGUUAUGUGCAAAUGGCUUUAGAUACCAUAUAGCAUAUAUUCAACACAAAAAACAGUGACAAUUUGUUGUUGACAAAGGACAGCUGGACAUAUAAAGGGCCCCAUUACCGUCAGUAGCUUAGGGCCUCAUCAAACCUAAAUCUGGCCCAUAUCCCACCUUUCCCUCAAGGUGGAUGGCUGUUCCCUAUUUGUCACCCCUGCUCUUCCUACUUCAUCCUCACAGCAACCCUGUGAGGUAGUCUAGGGUUGAGCUACUGGGGUGGGGAGUGGAGUUGAGAAGGAAGGAGGCGCUCCUUGGACUGUCCUCAGCUCCCCGCUUGAGCCGUAGGGCUUCAGAUUGUGGGAGUGCGUGCUUGCAUACCGAGUAAACACAAACGAAACCAUCUUGCACAUAUUUUGUGUAUUUGUUUUGCUAAGAUGUUUCCUGGGCAAACGCCUGUCCAAAGUGGCUCACAAUCACAACAGGAAAUGAAAAUGGUUGAAAUUUACAAAAUAGUUUUAAAAAUAACUGCAUUUUGUAAUCUGGCUUUCCUCCAGUACAGUCAUACCUCGGGUUGAAUGUGCUUCAGGUUGAGCGCUUUCAGGUUGCGCUCCGCGGCAACCCAGAAGUAAUGGAGCGCAUUACUUCUGGGUUUCACCGCUCACGCAUGCGCAGAUGCUCAAAAUGACAUCAUGCGUGGAAGCGGCAAAACGCGACCCGCGCACGCACAGAUGCACAGUCGUGUCUUACGUUCUAUUCAGGGUGUGAACGGGGCUCCAGAACGGAUCCCGUUUGUAUCCCGAGGUACCACUAUAUUCACACUUCCCGCCUCAGUCCUUCAUUUUAUUCUUGUGAAGCCAGUGGUGUAGUGGCUAGAGUGUGAGGCUAGGACCUUGGAGUUAUGAAACUCACUGGCAUAUUUUAUUGGCAUAAUCAGAAGCAGUAUAUAAUAAUGUUGCUUUCUGGAUGAUAGAAAAAGGUAUAUUUUGAAGUUGAUAUUUCCUCAGUUAUGUGGUAGGCUUUGAUAUUGGAACCUGUGGAAAGUGGUGUGCUCACUGCUAAAUUUUACUUAAUUUGCCAAACUUUGGGCAGUGUGUCUGCAUGUUUUGCUCUUUCUAUUUUUUUGUUUUUGUUUGCAUUUGUUGCAAAUGGGCACCAUGGCCAUUGGGCUAAGAAAGUCAAAGAUUACUCAGAUUCUGACCAUUCUCGUGAUCUCUUUUUCUAGUGCUGUAGAUGGAUCUGUAACUUAAAAAAAAUAAUCAAAUAUAAGAGUUUGGGUUUCUUAGUAGAAAUGUGUAUUGCCCCCUCCCCUCACAAAUUAUACACUUGUUUUUUCCCCAGAGGUUUCAGAGAGAACCUGGGACAUUAUCAAGGAGGGCACAAAGCAUAUUGGCACCUUCCCAUCAGUUAGUUUCAUAAAAAGGGCUCUUGUGUUACUAUACAAAACCCUGAGCAACUUGGGUCCAAGUAAUCUUAAGGACCACUUGGAACCUUAUAUUUCAGCCUGAUCACUAAUACAGUGGUACCUCGGGUUAAGAACUUAAUUCGUUCUGGAGGUCCGUUCUUAACCUAAAACUGUUCUUAACCUGAAGCACCACUUUAGCUAAUGGGGCCUCCCGCUGCUGCCGUGCCACUGGAGCACGAUUUCUGUUCUCAUCCUGAAGCAAAGUUCUUAACCCGAGGUACUAUUUCUAGGUUAGCGGAGUCUGUAACCUGAAGCAUCUGUAACCCGAGGUACCACUGUAUCAUCUGGAAAAGUAUUGAGAGUUGUCCCCCAUGAUACAGAGACCCAGCUGGCUUCAGCCAAAAGCUGCACAUUUAGAAUGACUGACCCCAUGCUAUGGAAGACUCUUCCAGCAGAGAUUUGGCAGGCAUCCUCACUUUUGACAACUAUCUAAGAUUAUGGUCUGAAGUUGCAUGAUACAGCAACCUUACUGACUCCAAAAUAGUCAUUGUCUAGUCAUUGCCUGUAUGGGAGACCACAAGGAACCCUCCCUUUAGUUCUAUGGAAGAAAGGUAGGAUACAAAUGUAAUUCAAUAAAUCAUGUCCCUUGUAACUAGGUUACAUACAUUUUUGGGGUAAUUGAUGGCUUCACUGAUCGCAGUCCAUCCUAGGUGUAAUGUGGGAGGUAGUGCAUUGUAUUCUGUAUCUCUGUUCAAAUCUAUUUUCACCCUUAUUGUACUUAGUUCCUUGACAUGGGUGUGGUUUCACAGAUUUGUCUGGAGUGCUGUGAUAGGAACAAGCUGGGUGGGAGGGUGGAGAAUUUUCCAUGGCUUUAAUUUUUUUGUAGAAAACUCUCUGUUUCAUAACUUGAUUAGUAACAAUGAGUGGGUGCCUAUAGCAAAUUUAUUAUUAGGCAAUCUUGGAAGUUGCAAAAAUUUAAAUUUGUAUUAUAUAGAAAUAAAAGAAACAUGCUUAAUUAGAUCACUCUCUAGGGCAUCAGAAUUUUGUUCUGAUGCAGAUUGAUAAUGUUCCAGUGCAGACCACAAAACAGACUAAUUUGCAAUUUGCAUUUUUUCCCAGAAAACCAACAUCACUGGUAGCAAGAUUGAUAUAGCUACCUGCAAACUGGCUUGUCAAGUUGCAAUAAGAACAAACGUUCUGUGUGACCAAACUUACAUAAGGGUCUGUUUAUAUCAAGGUGGUCUUGAUGUGUUAAAUAGUUUUGCUAUAGCAUGAUCUCUUCAUCUGAUUUUAAAACUGUAUGUAGAUCAAUGAUUGUUGUUCAGAAAAUGUGAUGCCCUGCAUUUUGAUACAUGCCUUGUUGUUGCCAUGUUAAGAUGGAAAUUCCUACAGUCUCCUGGUCUCUCUUCUGCUUAGAGGAAAUUAUUCCUUGUUCAGUAGAGAAAUCAAGUCACUGUUGUCUCAGCAGAAAUCAUUUUUUUUUUAAAAAAUGAGACUUCUACAACAUUUUGCUUAAUAUUUUUAAAGAAAUUGUGCUCUAGAAUGAUUCUGGAUUAUGACAUCAUAAUUUACCUCCUGGAAUCUUAUUGGUUGAAGUUAGCAAUUGUUAUGACAGUUGCGUUGCAUCAGCUCACAAAAGGCAAAACUAAAUUACAGUAUUCUAGUUGUAAAGCGAAACAGAAGGUAAUGUGUACUAGAAUAGAGGAAUGUUUGGUUUUGAACUGCCUUUCUUUAUGAUCUCCAAAAUGAGUACAGGCACACACACACACCCAACUUGCGGUUGACUUGCGCACGACUGCAUAUAUGUGUGGUGGUGGGAAAUAAUUACAUCAUUUAAUUCAUACCUGGAAAUGGAGGGAGAGAGCUGGAGAGUCCUUGGAGCCUGAGGAGGACUUCAGUGAGGGCAGAGAAGAGACUGAAGGCACAACCGGGCCUUGUUUAGACUCUCUGCCUAACAGCUGGUGUGCGGGGUAGCGCAGAACCAGCAGCUGCUUUUCUGUUUGUCCUCCAGCUUCCUGCUGGCCCCAGAGCUUCAAUUCCAGUUGAAGUUGUUUUUGGUACAGUAUUUUUGAUCUGGAUUGGAGAGAGAGUGGUAGAGAGGGCAUUUGAAGGGUGUUUAGAGGGUUCUCUCCACUUAUGUGAUUUUCACUUACGUGCGCAGGAUGCUGGAACAUAACCCCUGCAUAAGUGGGGGGUCGCUUGUAUAAUAUUUGAGUACUUCAUAGGGUGGUUUGCUUAAAACAAAUACUUGGAUAUGAGAUGGUGAUUAGAGUUUCAACUUUAAAUCUGUUUACUCAGUAGAUUAGCAAUGUGUUCGAAACUGAGAUACGGAAGCUAGGAGCUAAAUGGCACCUUAAUCUGAGGUUAUGGGCGCAACAAUGGAAUGUCUGGGCAAAUUUUUUAAAUAACAAUAAUACAAAGCUGAAAAUGAAUGAACUGCAGCUAAAAUAUUAUGUUCAUUUUUCACAUGGUCUAGUCCUUUCCCCCCAUAUGUUCUUAAGAGGGUCUCUUCUCCAGUCUCCAAAGAGUAGCUGGAAGUGGAGAGGCAGAAAAAGGUCCUCCUUCACUUCCUCUGCAGUUUUAAUCUGAAAUCUCAGGCGCAGUGCUGCACCCAGGGCUCAAAAACUGCUCGUGCUAAUGAAAUUCCCUGUCACAAAAUGCACUUAGAACAAUGGGAGUUUUGAACACUGUAGCAAACUGAUUUAUGGUAAUGAUAAUGAUGAUAAUGAUGAUGAUGAUGAUAAUAAUAAUAAUAAUAAUAAUAAUAGACUGCUUUCCCCCUCCAAAAUGAAGAAAAAAGUCAUUUGAUCCAGGGACAGGCCACACAUAUAUUGGCCUAUUUCUAUCUUUUUUCUUAAUGGUGACACAGACCAUUCAUAAUGUAAGAAUAUUCUUCACAACUGUGAACAGGACAGUGGGAUGGAGUAAGUGAAGACAAGCUACAACAAUUAACUAUAACGUUGUUCACUGCUCCUUCUCAGGCAGCGCAGAAAGAAGCAUCUCGGUUCCUGAAAUUUAUUCUGAUGGUGCAGAUGAAAUGUAACUGAUAGAAUUCUACAGGAUGUGGUCUUAGUAUGUGAAAACAGUCAAGAUCCAAGGAUCUCCAGGCAUGCACCUCCAGAUGGUGGAGAUGUCAGGCGCCAUCCUGGAGCCCAGGCAUCUUCACUGGUUGCAAGUGGCCAAUAGCCAGGGUGCAAAAUGUGCCUGGCACCUGGCUAAUUUUGAACACUGGAGAGGGAAAUGGACAGCAUACAAGCCAAAGACCACUUGUGUACAUAACAGUAAAUGGGCCAUUUCUUCAGUAUCUUAGAAAAACACCUGCAUUGAGGUUUUGGUAAUGUGCAGUGAUGUAAUCAAUUAAUCUUUCAGUUCACUUUAAUCUGCCUAAAGGCAGAUUAGUACAUUAGAAGGUAUCUUUGUUGUGCUUUAUAGCCCUAGUGACAACAAGUAACUACUUCUGUUUUUUGUGUUGUUUCAGGUACAUAUUGAGAUUCACUAA